CACUGAAGAAUGUAGAACAAGUGGUACCAGAUGCAAUUUCGAAUACACCGCUUGGAAUUUUUCAAAUGCUUCCACCUGAAUUACUCUAUGUAAUUUUUGAUCGCAUUCCAGUACUACAGUUGAAGCAGCUUAGUCUUUCGUCCAAUACACUGAAUAUCAAAAUCCGUGGAUACGUAUUAAUGGCUGGUACACGCCGACGAUUUUUCGCCGAAACGGCUGCGGUGUACUGUGCUGAUUUUGAGAGUGCACAAGAUCCGUUUUAUGCUUGGGGUAUGCUUCUAAAGGCUUGCACUAUUGUAAUGAGCUUUCAUGGCGGUCAUGUCUUCUUGGCAAAAUUCUUCAACAAGAAUAAAAAUGUCGAAAACUGGUAUGGUUGGGGUCGAUGCUUUAUGGCGUUUUGCAAAGGAUGGACACAUAAUGAAUGUGAAGAACUGUUCAGAGCAGUGAUGCGAUUUACUGGCUUAAAUGGCAUUCUGAAUCGCGCUAUGUCAAGAAAAGUUCGAGUACGCCUCCGAGGCUUCUUCCUGAGCUGUUAUGAGAAAAGUGACGAGAUCUAUGGAUUCUGGAUUUCGAUUAUUUUGCGUACUCAAAAGACUAUUGCUCAACAAGGGCAAUUAUUUAUGAUCAUAUUCGGACCUGUGAAGCUGGAUGAGGAUAACUGCGAUAUCAUUGACUGGGAGCUGUUGAGUAAUACCACAAUUGAAAAUCGUCAUCUAUGUGAGGAAAUAAUCGGUCCUAUGUCUUUCAGUGUUCAUUGUAUGGUUACUAAUGAAAAUUUAAGGGAAUAUGCAUGGAAUGAUUAUCAUAUUUUCAAUUUGAUCGAAGAAAUUACAACAGCUCCAUAUUCUUGGACUCUUGACAACUUUGCUGCACUUUUGGCUCUCCGACCAAAACUUAUUCAUAUUGCAUUGUAUGCUCGAAUAAUACAUGGUCAUCAAGAAGAGGCGGCACAUCUUUUUCAUGCUAUAAAUUCGGUUCUGCACCAGUGGGGUAUUUUCUCGAGCGCAGCAGUGACAACUGUACUGUUAAAGACAUUUCGGGCCUUGUCUGAUAUUCGCCGUCGACAUUUUUUAUCUUCUUUCUUGAGGAUUGAAUCGGAGUUGCUGAGCGAUGCCUUAAUGAAUGAACCUUUCGAUCGUGAUUAUUUUUAUAUGGAAUUGGCUGUUGGACGCGCUGUAUCGCCCUUAGUGACAUUGAUGGCGUCAAAUGUAUGA